CCCAUGAUUCCUAGCUAACAGGACCAGUGGUCAGGGAAGAUGGGAAUUGUAGUCCAAAACAUCUGGAGGGCCGAAGUUUGGGGAUGCCUGGGCUAGUUCUUAAGAGAGCAGAAGUAGGAAAAUAGUUGAGACGCGGCCACUUCUGCGCCUGCUUGCUUGAAAAGGUUGGAUUGCUGACUCGGGGAUUGGAGGGGAAGCAGCUCUAGAUCAUUUCAAGCUCAUUGAUAAACCUGCGAGCAAUAAAUGGAUCGGCGCAGUGGCCGUUCAAUUUUUCCAAGCGAGGUGGGGCGUGGCUUCUCUGCCGAAGGGGCGUGGCCGAAGCGUGCGCGUUCCGUCGAGCCCAGCCCUUCAGCUGCUCCUUCCAACUCUGACGUCUUUGAGAGGGCGGGGCCUAGCGGAACGCCCUCUUCGGACAGGACUCAGAAGGGUGGGGGGAAGAUGGCGUUGGCGGCGGUGCUGCGUGUGUCGUGCGGAGUGCGGGCCAGGCUAGUCCCGCGGCUGCUUCCUUCACCUGUGCGGCUUUUAAGCCAUGGAACAAAAGUGAUGUAUCAAGCUGAUUGUGCCUUUGCACCUCUUCAGAAAGUGAUGCUGCCAUCGGAUACUUUUCAUGGCAAAGUGGCCUUUAUCACAGGAGGUGGCACUGGCCUUGGAAAAGGGAUGACGGCUGCUCUUUCUGCUUUGGGAGCAGAGUGUGUUAUAGCAAGCCGGAGACUUGAUGUAUUGAAACAAACCGCAGAAGAAAUUUCUUCUAAAACGGGAAAUAAGGUCCACGCAGUUCAGUGCGAUGUGAGAGAUCCAGCAUCUGUUAGCAAUGCAAUUUCUCAGUCAAUUGACGUGGCUGGACAUCCCAGUGUUAUAAUAAACAAUGCAGCUGGAAAUUUUGUAUCUCCUUCUGAACGCCUUUCUCCAAAUGCGUGGAGGACAAUCACAGAUAUUGUUCUUAACGGUACUGCCUAUAUAACUCUGGGAAUUGGAAAAGAACUGAUUAAAGCACGAAAAGGAGCAGCCUUUCUAGCCAUCACCACAAUUUAUGCAGAAAGUGGGUCUGGGUUUGUGUCGCCAAGCGCUUCUGCCAAAGCCGGCGUUGAAGGCCUGUGCAAGUCUCUUGCAGCGGAAUGGGGUAAAUAUGGCAUGAGAUUCAAUGUGAUUCAACCAGGCCCAAUAAAGACUAAGGGAGCUUUCAGCCGUUUGGACCCAACAGGUGUGUUUGAGAAAGAAAUGAUCCAAAGAAUUCCUUGUGGACGCCUGGGAACAAUAGAAGAGAUUGCCAAUCUUGCCACCUACCUCUGUAGUGAUUAUGCAAGUUGGAUUAACGGAGCAGUCAUUAGAAUGGAUGGUGGUGAAUACGUCUCUAUGGCAGGAGAGUUUAAUACCCUAAGCAAGGUUACCAGUGAAGAAUGGAAUAAGAUGGAAGAAAUGAUAAGGAAAACAAAAGGCUCAUAACUUUCUUUCAAACUAUAUUUUUAUUUAGAAAUUCAAGCACUAUAAAUUCCACUAAUGGUAGUAAUAAUUGACUGACUUUUAUAUGUUUUCAAGGCCGAACAAUUUUAAUUUACAUACAGCACAAUAUUAAAUGCUUUUAAAAUAAG